AUGGCAGAAGCGAUCGAAAGCCCCAUCGUUUCUCGGUUGUUUACCCAAGGUCGCCAUAGAAAUGCCAGCGUCAUACUGCUCCUUCAGAAUAUGUUUCCCAAGGGAAAAUUUAACACCGAUAUCAGUCGGAAUGCACAGUACAUGGCUCUUUUCCGAAGUCCUAGCGAUCGGAAACAAAUCGGAAUUGUUGCUGAGCGUAUGUUUGAUAAGAAUCGCCAACGAUUCAUGACAGCUUAUUAUCAGGAAACAGAGAGGCCUUACGGUUACAUCUUUGUAGAUAAUAAACCGGACACGGCGGCAAAUAAGCAGGUGUUGAGCGACAUCUUUGGCUCUUGUCGAGUUUACCCAAGUAUCAACAAAACCUUAAAACCAGAGGGAGAGGUGGAAUCGAUCCCCCCAAAGGAUCUUAUUGUGAACCCGAAAUAUGCUGAAGCUAAAUCAUCUACGCGUAAACCGAAACCGUUUGAUCUGGAUUGGUGUGGGAUGACCCGGCCCGCCUUGCAGAAUUAUUUACAUGGAGCGCCCUAUCUCAAAGCUAUUCCAGAAGGGUUUGGCCUUUGCGAGAUGUACACGAGCACUCGAAAUGCUGUUAACCCUUAUACCCCCACAGUCAUGUUUGCAUCUGAAAAUUACUGGCCCGUCAAAAUAAAACAUUAUUCCAACGGCAAAAGAAAGUGGAUUUAUAUACACGAAGACGAACCAAGUGUCCAAGCAUUUGUUCAAGAAACGAAAGCA